UUUCGUUCAUUAGAAUUCUAAAGAAAUCUCGCGUUGUUUUGUACUACGGCGGCCUCUCUUCAAGACGGUGUGCUUCAUGGCGGUUGGGGAGACUGCGGGAGGUGAAGCUCUAAAGAUGGAGAAUGGACAGGGCACAGGCUCCAAGCUUGGCCUGCCGCCUCUCACUCCUGAACAGCAGGAGGCACUCCAGAGGGCAAAGAAAUAUGCCAUGGAACAAAGCAUUAAGAGUGUGUUGGUGAAGCAGACCAUUGCCCAUCAGCAGCAACAGCUCACCAACCUGCAGAUGGCAGCAGUGACAAUGGGCUUUGGAGAUCCUCUCUCGCCUUUACAAUCGGUGGCAGCUCAGCGGCAACGUGCUCUGGCCAUCAUGUGUCGAGUGUAUGUGGGCUCUAUAUACUAUGAACUCGGUGAGGACACCAUCAGACAGGCCUUUGCCCCCUUUGGACCAAUCAAGAGCAUUGACAUGUCCUGGGAUUCUGUUACAAUGAAACACAAGGGCUUUGCCUUUGUGGAGUACGAUGUACCCGAGGCUGCUCAGCUCGCUCUGGAGCAGAUGAACUCAGUCAUGUUGGGCGGACGAAACAUUAAGGUGGGGCGGCCAAGUAACAUCGGGCAGGCGCAACCCAUCAUUGACCAGCUGGCAGAGGAGGCGCGUGCCUUUAACCGGAUCUACGUAGCGUCCGUCCACCCGGACCUGUCAGACGAUGACAUCAAGAGUGUUUUUGAGGCCUUCGGAAGGAUCAAGUCUUGCACGUUAGCCAGAGACCCCACGUCAGGGCGACACAGAGGCUUUGGCUUCAUCGAGUACGAGAAGCCUCAGUCAGCCCUGGACGCUGUGUCUUCUAUGAAUCUCUUUGACCUGGGGGGUCAGUAUCUACGAGUGGGCAAAGCGGUGACUCCGCCCAUGCCACUGCUGACCCCCACGACACCCGGUGGUCUGCCACCUGCUGCAGCUGUGGCUGCAGCGGCGGCCACUGCUAAGAUUACGGCCCAGGCAAGUAUGAAUCCCUUCCAAAGGGAUUUAAUGGCCUUCCAGGAGGCUGUAGCUGGCGCGUCAGUCUUGGGGGCGUUAGCUGCGCCCCAACUUCUUGGUCAGCAAAUGGGAAUACCUCAGGCUGUCAUGGCCGCGCAGGCACCUGGAGUGAUCACAGGUGUCACUCCUGUGCGCCCUCCCAUACCAGUGCUUCCCCAGGUGGGUUUAGUAAACCCAGUUCUUGCAUCGCCUCCGGUUCUGUCAAAUCAAGCCGGUGCCUCCAACCAGUUGGAGAAGAAAGAGGAGAAGGAAGAGAUGCUUCAGGAUGGAACAGGACAGGAGAUGCUGAGUGACCAGGAGCACAUGAGCAUCUCAGGCAGCAGUGCCAGACACAUGGUGAUGCAAAAACUACUACGGAAGUCAGAGUCCACCGUGAUGGUACUGCGAAAUAUGGUGGGGCCAGAGGACAUUGACGACGACCUAGAGGGUGAGGUGACGGAAGAGUGCGGCAAAUUUGGCUCCGUCAACAGAGUCAUCAUUUACCAAGAAAAGCAGGGAGAAGAGGAGGAUGCAGACAUCAUCGUCAAAAUCUUUGUGGAGUUUUCCAUGGCCUCAGAAAUGAACAAAGCUAUCCAAGCUCUCAAUGACCGCUGGUUCGGGGGUCGUAAGGUCGUGGCUGAGAUGUACGACCAAGACCGUUUUAACAGCAGUGACCUGUCUGCAUAAAAUGAAAUGGUUUACCUGUUCAGUCUCAUCCUGUCAUCCCACAUUCAUUUCAGCCACACUCACUGCAGAUACAGAUGCAGUUCUCCCACACCUUGUAAUUAUAUUUUUAUUUCCUUUUCUUUUUUUUUUAAAUUGCUGUUGAUAUGAAUGUUUAUGGCCUAUUUGGUUAAUGCAUUUGAAAUAUUCUUCAGUGUCACAUUUUCAUUACUGUAAUCCAGUAAAGAUCAUCUUAUUUGGUGCAAGGUUUUGAAUUAUUUUGUAAUCCAGUCUUGUAAAAAAAUGUUUUUGUUUCCUGCUUCUUUUUUUUUUCCAUUAAGUUUCCAGGACAUGUAAACAUGUUUUCUUUCUACUAUUAAAGGCUAUUGUUUGUUCAUA